AUGAGACUUCUGUCCGCCACUCUGCUGGUGGGAGCCGCCUCGGCGGUGGUCCCUCCCCUGCAGCAGGUCAUGGGGACCCAUCGGGAUCAGAUUGAGGACUUGGCCCAGCAGGGUUCUAACAUCAUCGAAGACUGGACUAAGAAGGGCUCUGAUGCCAUCUCGAAGCCUCUCCAGAAGCUUAAGGAUGACUUCAGCACCCUCUCGGAUGAGGCCCGUGGGCUCUGGGAAGAGGUUGCUAACCACUUCCCCAACACAAUGGAUCAUGCUCCCAUGCUGUCCCUCCCCAAGAAGCACACCCGCCGUCCUGACUCCCACUGGGACAGUAUUAUCCGCGGAGCCGACGUGCAGAGUCUCUGGGUCUCUGGUACCGACGGCACCAAGCAGCGCGAGAUUGACGGCAAGCUUGAGGCGUACGACCUCCGCGUCAAGAAGGUGGACCCCAGCUCCCUUGGUGUGGAUCCCAACGUCAAGCAGUACAGUGGUUACCUCGAUGACAACGAGAACGACAAGCACCUGUUCUACUGGUUCUUCGAGUCCCGCAACGACCCCGAGAACGACCCCGUCGUCCUCUGGCUGAACGGUGGGCCCGGCUGCUCUUCUUUGACCGGUCUCUUCAUGGAGCUCGGCCCCAGCUCCAUCAACAGCAAGAUCAAGAUCGUCCACAAUGACUUCUCCUGGAAUUCUAAUGCCUCGGUGAUCUUCCUGGAUCAGCCCGUCAACGUCGGCUACUCCUACAGCGGCAGCAGCGUCAGCGAUACGGUCGCUGCUGGCAAGGACAUCUAUGCUCUGCUGUCCCUGUUCUUCAAGCAAUUCCCUGAGUAUGCCAAGCAAGACUUCCACAUUGCUGGCGAGUCCUACGCUGGCCACUAUAUCCCCGUCUUCGCCUCUGAGAUUCUGUCUCACAAGAACCGCAACAUCAACCUGAAGUCUGUGCUUAUCGGCAACGGUCUAACUGAUGGUCUGACUCAGUAUGAGUACUACCGCCCUAUGGCUUGCGGUGAUGGUGGCUACCCCGCUGUCCUUGAUGAGGGCUCCUGCCAGUCCAUGGAUAACGCCCUUCCCCGCUGUUUGUCGAUGAUCAAGGCCUGCUACGACAGCGAGAGCUCCUGGGUCUGUGUUCCUGCCUCCAUUUACUGCAACAACGCCCUUCUUGCUCCUUACCAGCAGACCGGCCAGAAUGUCUAUGAUGUUCGCAGCAAGUGCGAGGAUUCGUCCAACCUGUGCUACAAGGGCAUGGGCUACGUGUCUGAGUACCUCAAUAAGGAAAGUGUGCGUGAGGCUCUUGGCGCUGAGGUCGAUGGCUAUGAUUCGUGCAACUUCGACAUCAACCGUAAUUUCCUCUUCCACGGUGACUGGAUGAAGCCCUACCACCGCCUGGUGCCGGGUCUGAUUGAGCAGAUCCCUGUGCUCAUCUACGCUGGUGACGCUGACUUCAUCUGCAACUGGCUCGGCAACAAGGCCUGGACUGAGGCCCUCGAGUGGCCCGGCCAGAAGAAAUUCGCCGGCAAGGAGCUGGAGGACCUCGUCAUCGAGCAGAACGAGCACGUUGGCAAGAAGAUCGGCCAGGUUAAGUCCCACGGCAACUUCACCUUCAUGCGCAUUUACGGUGGUGGUCACAUGGUCCCCAUGGACCAACCCGAGUCCAGCCUGGAGUUCUUCAACCGCUGGCUGGGUGGUGAGUGGUUCUAA